GUUCAUCAACUUGUCCGUUUCGUGGAGUCUCCAUUAGCCUCUUUCAUACCAGAUCUCUGCAUCUUCCAGGUGGUGUAAUCUGUCUUAUAUAACACAAUAACAUAACAUAACAGCGUAUUUUCUAUGUCUUGCUCAUCAACCGUUUCAUUCUUUUGCAAGUUUUGCAACGAACGGCACAGAGAAAAGAAUAUUUCCAUUUUUGCUGAAUCCCGUGACAUCCCUCCCGUCGACAUCAGGGCGGCUGUUGCCAAGCAGUCAGAGACGCGAGGGAAGAAGAAGCGAGCCCAGAGAACUACGUCUAAUGUGUUCGCCAUGUUUGAUCAGGCCCAGAUACAGGAUUUCAAAGAGGUGUUCGCUAUGAUCGAUCAGAACCAAGAUGGGUUUAUUGACCGAGAUGACCUUCAGGAGACGCUCCGCUCCCUGGGGAAGGAUCCCGGGGCCCAGGAGCUGGAUCAGAUGGUCAAUGAGGCCCCCGGACCCCUCAAUUUCACCAUGUUCAUUACAUUGUUCGAGGAGAAACUGACUGGUACUGAUCCCGAGGACGUCAUCAGGAAUGCAUUCUCAUGCUUUGAUGACUUCAACGUAGGAGCGAUAGAUGAGGAAUUUCUAAAGGACAAGAUGAUGACAAUGGGUGAUAGAUGGUCUGAGGAUAUGAUCGACGAGCUCUUCCACGUGGCACCGAUCAAAGAUGGUCGCUUCGACUACAUGGAGUUUACCCGUAUGAUAAAACACGGGAAUAAAGAUAAAGAGGAGGAGGCACAAAAGUGAGGGGCUGUCCUAGUGAUGCAUGAUUGACAGGUGUAGAAGUAAAGUUCGUUCGUUUCUUGUGUGGAGAUUGGACUGUAGCUGUUGAGUCGUUAAUGGGGAAAGUAGGCGGUAAAUAACAACUUUCCACAGUGAAAUUAGAUUGCUGUCGACAGAGUUCGAUGCUUAAGUAGGCUGCAAGCUGACAGUUGUCGCUGUGAAACGGAACUGCAACCGGCAGUUUUUAGUUUGUUGUGUAAUAAUUUUACUUACGAGAUUCGCGAUGCAUUGUGAGGGUUUUGCAGAGAUUAAGCUAUAUACAUUUUAUUUCGAUCUUACCGCGAGAAAAUUUGGCACUUGAAACGUGCUUAAACUUUAUUAGCUAAAAUGGUAAAACCGGACUUAGUUGUGCAAUAUAUCUCACUGAUGGGUAUAACGUUUCAAAGAUUCCUUUAAAAGGCCAAAAUUUCAGACGAAAGUCUGCCCACAGGUAUUAGGAAACACAUAUCAAAAUGAGGAGACGUUGGAAAAUUCUUUACCACGCCUGGAAGAGAUGCAGUGUUAUAAAGCAACGCUCUACGAUCUCACAUAAAUCUCCUUCUAUUAUGUCCGGAUUGACCCACGUCAUUGAGAGUUAUCUGCCCCUGUUUAGCGUGUCUGCAUGUAGUUUGAAAAGCAACUGUUUGCUAUAUUUACACUUUCACAGGGACCAAGUGACAAAUGUAUGUACUCGUGUUACUAAUAAUUGUUGCACUAUAUUGUUGAAAUAAAUAUGUAUUUG